ACCAAAAAUAUAUUCUUUCUUUUCUUUUCUUUUCUUCUUCAGAUAGAAUUGAGCACUAAAGAGAAGAAUUAUGACAAGAAAAAAGAUUUUCUUAUUUUACUCUCGUUACUUUCUAGCACUGUGUAAUUAAUUAGUGCUGCAACAGGUGCAUGAUUGGGUUAUAAAACUGCAGAAACUGCAAUAUUGCUCAGUAAAGUAUAGGAAAACUCUAAAGCCCCUUCUUUCUGUUUUUGGAUAAUUAUUAGCUGGUGAAUAUGAAACCAAGGAACUUGAAAUAUUGUGCAAGAAAGAGCCACUUACUUUUGGUUCUUGCUCUAUUUUUCUUUCAACACCACUUCCAUUUAUCACUUGUUGAGGCCAAACGUAGUGUUCACAUUGUGUACUUGGGAGGGAAGAAGUAUGAUAAUCCAGAAACUACAAAAAAAUCCCACCACAUAUUGCUAUCAAACUUGUUAGGCAGCAAAGAAGUUGCGAGGAGGUCUAUUGUCUACAGCUAUAGACACGGUUUUUCGGGUUUUGCUGCGAGAUUAACAGAAGCUGAGGCAGAAGCUAUUGCUGAGUUUCCUGAAGUUGUCCAAGUGAUUCCGAACCGAAUUUACAAGCUCCAUACGACCAGAAGCUGGGACUUCAUUGGAAUUCAUCAUCAUUCUCCGAAAAAUGCCUUGACAAAGAACAUGGGUAAAGGAACUAUCAUUGGUGUAAUAGACUCAGGUGUUUGGCCAGAGUCCGAAAGCUUUAACGACGAGGGGAUGCCUCCAACCCCGUCUCAGUGGAGAGGAAUCUGUCAGCAGGGGGAGCAGUUCAACUCCACAAACUGCAACAAGAAAAUCAUCGGUGCUCGCUGGUUUGUAAAAGGAUUGAUGGAAGAGAUUAAAAGGCCUAUAAACAUAACAGAAGCUGGGGAAUUUCUAUCUCCAAGAGAUGGAAACGGCCACGGCACUCACACAGCUUCAACUGCAGGCGGCUAUUUUGUGAAGCAGGCGAGCUAUAGCGGCCUGGCUGCAGGCCUAGCCAGAGGAGGAGCCCCGCUCGCUCACUUGGCUAUCUACAAGGCCUGCUGGGGCGUCGGAGGCUGCACAAACGCCGACCUCCUGAAAGCAUUCGACAAAGCCAUACACGAUGGAGUGGACGUCCUAUCUGUCUCCAUUGGCAAUGAGGUUCCUUUGUUCUCCUACGUUGAUCACCGUGAUGCAAUCGCAAUUGGGUCCUUCCAUGCGACCGCAAAGGGGAUUACGGUUGUUUCUUCUGCCGGAAACAAUGGCCCCACCUCACAAACCGUUUCGAACACUGCACCAUGGCUCAUCACUGUAGCAGCCACCACAAUAGACCGAGCUUUUCCAACAGCCAUUACACUUGGAAACAACAAUACUCUCUGGGGCCAAUCUCUUGAUACUGGAAGCCACAACCAUGUAUUCGCCAGCAUUACUUACUCCGAGCGCAUAUCUGUGAACUCCAUUGAUGCUUCCUCCAAGGAUUGUGAGUAUGGAUCUCUUAAUGAGACAUUAGCAGCAGGGAAAAUAGUGGUCUGUUUCUCAAACAUAGAUGAUCAGCAGGACAUAGCUUCAGCAGCAAAUGCUGUGAAGGAAGCAGGAGGGGUUGGCCUCAUAUUUGCACAGUUUCACAAUGAUGGACUUCAAUCUUGUGAUAUUCCAUGUGUUAAAGUGGACUAUGAAGUGGGGACACAAAUACUUUCCUACAUAAGAAGAGCAAGGUCUCCAACUGCAAAGUUGAGUCCUCCAACAACUGUUAUAGGCAAAUGGAUGUCCCCACGAGUUGCAACUUUCUCAUCCAGAGGACCUAGUUCCCUGACCCCAGCAGUUCUAAAGCCUGACGUGGCAGCCCCAGGAGUGGACAUAUUAGCUGCAUUUCCACCAUCAGACACAAAAAACCCAAGAAAAGGUUGUUACACACUGUUAUCAGGAACUUCAAUGGCGUGUCCCCACGUGGCAGGAAUAACAGCUCUCAUCAAAUCUGUUCACCCGGAUUGGUCUCCUGCAGCCAUAAGAUCGGCUCUUGCCACCACUGCUUCCCAAACCGGAACAGAUGGAACAUUCAUAUCAGCGGAGGGCCCAAACCGCAAAACCGCCGACCCAUUUGACAUCGGAGGCGGGCACGUCAAGCCCAGCAGAGCAAUGGAUCCAGGCCUCAUUUACAACAUCACCACAGAUGACUACAUCCAAUACCUUUGCUCCUUGGGCUACAGAAUCCAAUCCAUCGCUCGUUUGACCGACACACAGAUCACCUGCUCCCCCAGAAAACGACCUGUCGUAUCAAAUCUCAACCUCCCUUCUAUUACAAUCCCAAACCUCAAAACGACAACAUCAGUGACCGUGACAAGAACGGUGACCAACGUGGGAGAUUCUGAUUCGGUGUACAGUGCCCUUGUGCGAGCCCCAUCUGGGGUGGAAAUGCGCGUUGAGCCACAAGUUUUGGACUUCAAUAAUACGACGACACGGGUUCUGUCGUUUAAGGUUACCUUCUCCUCGGGUCAAAGAGUGCAUGGGGAUUACAAGUUUGGGAGCUUAACGUGGACAGAUGGUAAGCAUCGUGUGAGGAGUCCUGUGGCCGUACGUGUCAUUAGAUUUGAGUCGUAUGCAGAUGUAUGAGAUAUGGUGAACGUAUUUUUGUGGUAUAUAUAGAGUGUGUAUUUUUUUAAUUUAGAGUUUGUGUAUUAAUUCUCCUUAGGUAUGAGAAAAAAAAUACAAAUAAAAACUACGU